AUGCCGCCGCCCGACGAUUUUCGAAUCACCGAAAUCCGAUGUCGUGCCCAUCGCGUGGCGCGCUACAAGCAACAACGCGGCAUUUCGGCAUGUAAAAAACCGUCGGCCGCGGCGUGUCCACUGGCCAAGCAGGACUCGUCGAUCCGCUUCAGCCAUCUCAAUAACAACGAAGAGGAGUGGAAGUACACGAUCAAUGGCGAUUCCGAGCGAAGCGGGUCCAUUGGCACGCUGCCGUAUCUGGCGAGCCGAAACGCGGCUGCUGGCGACCUGGGGGCCAGGGUGGAUGCGAUCGCGGCCAAGACGUUUCCGGCGUUGUUUGCAUUUUUCAAUGUACUGUACUGGUGGUACUACUUGAGCCGGGGAACGAUCGUGAAACUACUAUCGAUUAUCUCUCGAUGUAUCUCCCUCUUA